GUCUCACUUCCCAUCACUAGAUGAUGACAUUACCCCGUAGGGAGAUGUCGCUGUCAUCUAUAUAAAUUAUAAGACAAAGUUCUAAUCCAAUGGGGUUAUGUGAAAUCUUAAGCAGACAGUGGGAGACUUGGUUGGGUUUCAUAGGAAAGGUUGAGAAGCCCAGUCAUGGAGAGGUUCAUGUUAAAAUUAGACUUUAACACCACCCGCAGCUUAGUGGUGUGUGUGGUGGGGAGUGGGCAUUAUACUGAAGUAGUUACUGGGAAUAUAGUAGGGAUCAGUGAAUGUGAUCAGGUAUUAGCUGCAGCUUAAGCCAUGGGGUCAGGGGUUAGCCACAGUGUCCAGCCAUAGAUUCAGCCCUGUGUGACUUUUUCACCCACCCUCUCAUUAGGCUUGGGUCUUCAGCUAUGGAAAACAUUGAUCAUUUUGGGUUAGCAAAGAUUCAUAUGACCGUAAGUUGAACAUUGUGGGUAGGCCUAUAAACGUGCAUUUCCUCUGUCAUGUGUAGGUACCUCUACACAGACCGAAUGUGUAACCCAACCGUUUCUCUCUGACAACACUAGUGGGUUUGGGUCUUGGCCAUAUGCACAAAUAGGCCUCUGUCUGUGUGUUCUGUUCACACAUACCCACUGUUUUUGUGUGGCUAUGAGCGGGAUCUCUCUCCCUCAGCGCCACGUUCUUACAGAAUGAUCUCUCUCUUCUGAUCCCUCUCCUCUUUAAGCUUGUUAGAUCCCAGUCUGUUUCCCAGGGACACCAUGAGAUUAGGUGUGAGUGUGUGUGUGUGUGUGCAGGAGUGCCUGUUUGAGUGUGUAGCCUGUGAACAUGCUGUGUGGGAGGAGUCUGUACUUGGCUGUUCCCUGACCUUGGAUGAGAAAAGUGUCUGGGUGUGAGAGAGCGAGAAAGGCAGACUUGGAGAGUUUGGCAUCAACAUGAUGCACAUCAAGCUAUAAGGAAGGGAGGGGGACAGACCGAGACCAUGGGGGCUGCAGUAUAGGCUACUGCAGUGCAGGUUUGUGGGGUGUUGUUUCUGUGGCUGAAGAGAGAUUUGCAUUAGGAUUCUGAGGGACACCUGGCAACCCGUGGCUGAGCCCAGGAGUGACGAUGUCUGUACAGGCCAGAAGACGACACAGCAUUCAGCAGCCAAUGAAAGAGCCCGGAACAGGAAGCUGAGAUGGAGUUCUCAGGGUGCCCUGUUGCUGCCGGUGUUGCCGACGAGGCCCAGGAGGCGGAGAAGGAGGGCCACGCCCAGGUUCUAUUUGAUGAGUUUGUCCAGGCGUCCACCUGCAGAACGACACUCUGUGCCUUCAACCUGCUGUGUGAGCACCUUCAGCUCACACACACACACACACAGCCACAGACAUACCCCCCGACGCAGCCGCAGAGGCCUUUCUACCACAUCCUCAAAGAACGCCUCAGCUACUGGAAGGCCAACGCACUGUGGGCCAAACUGGACAAACGGGCGGCCCACCACGAAUACGGGAAGGGCCGUGUCUGUGCCAACACAACGUGUGUGAUCAUUGGGGCGGGGCCAUGUGGUCUGCGUACAGCAGUAGAGCUGGGGUUCCUGGGGGCCAGAGUGGUGCUGCUGGAGAAGAGGGAUGCCUUCUCCAGGAACAACGUCCUCCACCUCUGGCCUUUCACCAUCCAUGACCUCAGGGGCCUCGGGGCCAAGAAGUUCUACGGAAAGUUCUGUGCUGGAGCCAUUGACCACAUCAGUAUACGGCAGCUACAGUUGGUGUUAUUAAAGGUGGCUCUGUUGUUGGGGGUGGAAGUCCAUGUCAACGUAGAGUUCAAGGGACUGGUGGAGCCACCUGCGGACCAGGAGCAACAGAAGGUAGGCUGGAGGGUGGAGGUGAAACCCAAGUCUCACCCUAUUAACACACUGCAGUGUGAUGUCGUGAUCGGAGCUGAUGGACGACGGAACACACUGCCAGGGUUCAGGCGUAAGGAGUUCCGAGGCAAGCUGGCCAUUGCUAUCACAGCUAACUUCAUGAACCGUAACACCACGGCUGAGGCCAAGGUGGAGGAGAUCAGUGGAGUGGCCUUCAUCUUCAACCAGAGGUUCUUUCAGGAGCUACGGGAUGCCACAGGAGUGGACCUGGAGAAUAUUGUGUACUACAAGGACGACACGCACUACUUUGUGAUGACGGCUAAGAAGCAGAGUCUGCUGGAGAAAGGAGUCAUUCUGCGGGACAAUGCAGACACAGAAACACUUCUCUCACGGGGAAACGUGGACCAGAAUGCACUGCUGGCCUAUGCCCGCGAGGCGGCGGACUUCUCCACCAAUCACCAGCUGCCGUCCCUGGACUUUGCCAUGAACCACUACGGGCAGCCUGAUGUUGCCUUGUUUGACUUCACCUGUAUGUACGCGUCGGAGAACGCUGCACUGGUCAGACAGAGACAUGGACACCAUCUACUGGUCACGCUGGUGGGAGACAGUCUUCUGGAGCCAUUCUGGCCCAUGGGGACAGGUAUAGCACGGGGGUUCCUGGCAGCACUGGAUUCUGCCUGGAUGGUACGGAGCUGGGCUCAAGGCCUCGCCCCUCUGGACUUACUUGCUGAAAGAGAGAGUCUGUAUCGUCUCCUUCCUCAGACCACUCCAGAAAAUGUCAACAAAAACUUUGGUCAAUACACCGUAGACCCAGCUACCCGCUACCCUAACAUCAACCCUCAACUCAUCAGCCCCGCACAGGUGGGCCAUCUAAUAUACACAGGAGAGAAUGGAGGUUCGGGUGUGGUCCAGGAACCGCAACCCCGAUCCCCCUUGCCGAAGCUACUACGACAGGAGUCCUUCUCUCGCUCCAGUAAGCUUUUGUCGUGGUGCCAGCAGCAGACGCAGGGUUACCGUGGCGUUGCUGUUAGCGACCUCACUACAUCCUGGAAGAGUGGCCUAGCUUUGUGCGCCCUCAUCCACCACUACCGCCCUGACCUCAUUGACUUUGCCUCUCUGGGGGAGGAUGAGGGGGAGGUGAAUAUGAGGUUGGGGUUGGAGGUGGCAGAGAAGGAGUUUGGCAUCUCUCCUGUGAUGACUGUCGAGGAGAUGGCGUCUGUCAGUGAAACGGACACUCUCUGUAUGGUCAUGUACCUCAGCCAGUUUCACCAGCUCUUCAAGGACGCACUGCCCCCAAGUGAAUCCCAGACUGAGAGCCCAGAUGGGAGGGCUGCUGUGAUUGGUCCUGCCUCUCUCCUCAGCCGCCUGGGCCACAGCCCAUCCCGCAAGCGCAACCCCAAGGAGCAGAAGGAGAAGGAUGCGGUGGGGAAGAGGAGAAAGACCAGUCGGCCAUGUCUGGAGGACGUGAAACAAGAUCUCAGAUUAAGAUCUCAGGACAGUUAUGAGGAAGAGGCUGCCCUGUGCUCUGUGGGUGGAGCAAGCCAGAGCAGAGUGCGCUCGAUGGCCAAUCAGCUGCUGGCCAAGUUUGAGGAGAAUGCCCCUUGCCCCUCCUCCACGCCAGCUGCAGCUCUACGCAGACAGAAAUAUGUUCAGAUGUACACAGGGGGAGUGAGCUCAUUGGCUGAACAGAUAUCCAAUCAGCUUCAAAGUCAGGAGUCACCUUCACCCCAGCACACUCCUGAUAGGAAGGAAACGGCUGCCGUUCUCUCUGUGUUGGCAGGGUCAGGAGGGGCCAGUGAUGUGUGUUUCUUCUGCAGUAAGCGCGUGUACGUGAUGGAGAGACUCAGUGUUGAGGGACUGUUCUUCCACCGGAGCUGCUUCCAGUGUGACCACUGCAGCUCCACCAUCCGCCUGGCCUCCUACGCCUACGACCGGCCUAACGGGAAGUUCUACUGUAAGCCACACUAUGACGUCCGUCUGGUUGGGCCGGUCCAGAGGAAGAGGGCAGCCCCCCCGACCUCCGAUCAGCCCCCAACCCCCUACGAACGGACCCCUUCUCAGCGGACCCACCUGGAGUCCCAAGCUGCUCUGUCCACUAACCCUCGCUCCUCAGUGACUGUGGUGACAGCAGAUCGCAAGUCCUCAGUGGCAUCUCUGAUUGAGAGGGAGUGUGGCUUGGCUAAGCGCGUGCACGGCACGCCAGAACGUAUAGAGCUGGAGAACUACCAUGUGAGCCUGGGGAGCCUGGAGACUGAACAGCUAACAGAUGAGCCGGAGGAGGUGCCAGAGGAGACGCUGGCCAAUUACAACCUCAGUCUGCUGGUGACAGAGGAGAAGAAGGCCAAUCACAAGCGCAGCCCGUUGUGGGACAAGAGCAACGAGGGCUCCAGUUCGGAAUCAGAGACGGAGGAGGGGGGGGAGAGGCAGCGGGCUCAAACCAAUGACCUGGCUAGAGACUCCUGGAGGAAGGCCAUGGAACUACACGCACGCCUCCGAGGAGAGAGAGCAGACGACGAAGAAGAGACAGAAGAAGGAGAGGAGGAAGGAGAGGUUGAUGAGGAGGAGGAGGAGUUAUCUAGUGAUGAGGAAGGAUCAUCCCCCCUCACUGCUCAGGAGGUAGCCUCGUUGGACGAGUGGCAGCAGAGCACACACUCUCAAAACACACACUCUCCAGACACACUCACGCCUGACUCGACAGCACCCGAUACACACGGUCCACACAACCCCACCAGUGUACCCAAUAUCACCUUCUCCACUCCAGCCACUGCCUCAACACCAUUCACCCCCUUAACGUCACAUGCACCCACAUCAAUGUCCUCUGUCUUUACCUACCCCUCCCCUAACUCCUCCACCACCUUGGGCUGCUUCCCCGGUCCGGAAGUGGGAGAGGAGGAUGGGGAAGAGAAAGAGAGGAAGGAGAGAAAAGAGCAAGAGGAGAGGGUGCGUGACCCCAGCAGUAGUUCAGGGAUUGGUGUGGGCGGGAGCUCCACCACCUCUACCUCGGACCCUCUCACCCCUCCCUGCAUCCUUCCCCCCGCCCAGCACAGGGCAUGCUGGGAUAGCCUGCCCCACCCUGAUGUGGAGGCGGAGUCACUGCAGAGCCCCGCCCCUCGCCCUGCCCCUCGAUUUGUCCCCGCACCUAUCAUGGCGUCGGCUGUUGUGCGGGGGGUCGGGGGCAAGAAACUGAAUCCGUGGGACGUGGGUGGGGGAAGCGGGCCUGCCGCGGGGGGGUCUGUUGGAGCGGGGUCUCUUGGGGAGCAGCUGUGUAAGGGUGAAGUAAUAGACCCCUUAGAGGACAUCAGCUCCCCCUUGUCCCCCCUGAAGCCCCUUAAGGCAGUGCCCAGAGACGAGAGAGAAAUCGGGAGGAAGAGGGAGAUGGAGAGGAGGAGGGAGAUAGAGAGAGCAGCCAUGGGGGUGGGCUGGGAGGACAUGAAAAUCACCCUAGGAAGGGAGCCUCUCCCAGGGAAGAGCAGAGAAGGUCUGGACCCCCGCAGACUCACAGAGAGCCUGCCUCCCCUCCUUCUCCAGGGGGGCUUCAUCUUCCCUUCACGUAAGUGCCGCAGGGACAACCAGCCCCCCAGCCAGAGUGUGUCUGAAGCGGGCAUAGGAGAGGGUGGACCCCUGGGCCUGUGGAGAGCUGUCAUCUCUGGCUAUAAGAGGGACAGGAAGAAGAAGGGCAGGACUUCCCUUCCCAAUUCGACAACAGCCCCAGCCCCCAAAGAGCAGGGCAGGAGGAAAACUUCUGCAGAGAGAAGAGGUGUGAAGUUCAGGGAGCGCCAGAGCUGGUCGGAGCCGGAGGAGUCAGACAUCACCUGCUCUGUUGUGAUGGAGAGAUGCUCCAUGAACCCCAAGGCCAACCUUCGUCUGGAACUGUUUGACCUAGCGUCAGACCUUCAGAAGGAAACCAUUGAGGAGGAAGAGGAGAAUGAGGAAGGGGAGUCUGCAUAUGUGCCUCAUGCCCUGGCCUUUAAGAGGGCGUAUGCCAUUAAGAGGCACGUGGGGAAAGAGAGGGAGCUGGACAGCUCCCCCCAUAUGGAUACACAGCGGAAGUCAUCGUGCCCUACGGAGGUGGUGGGGGUACUGGUGCACAUGAAGGACCUGAAGGACCCGUCCAGCCUGGAUGUGUCAGAGGCCAUGUUCCACAGAGACCCAGAGGAGGAGGAGCUAGAUGCCAGGUUAACACGCAGGGUACAGAGGGCAGCGCGCAAACAGGCCAAACAGGAGCAACUCAAGAGACUGCACAGAGCCCAGAUGAUCCAAAGGCAGUUGGAGCAGGUGGAGGAGAAGCAGAGGCAGCUGGAGGAGAGGGGCGUGGCUGUGGAGAAGGCCUUGAGAGGGGAAGCAGACUACUGGGGAGAGUCGAAUGACAGUGAAGAGCUGGACUUGCACCUGGGAGUCAUGGGCAGGCAGGAUGAUCCAGCUCUGAUGCAGCAGUGGUUCAAGCUGGUCCAGCAGAAGAACUGUCUGAUGCGCUAUGAGUCAGAACUCAUGAUAUUCGCUCGGGAGCUGGAGUUGGAGGAUAGACAGAGCCGUCUCCAACAGGAGCUCAGAGAGAGGAUGGCCGUGGAUGACCAUCUGAAGGGUGAGGCAGAGCUGGCUGAGGAGAAGCUAAUCCUGGGGGAGAUGUUGGAGGUGGUGGAGCAGAGAGAUGCUCUGGUGUCUCUGCUGGAGGAGCAGCGGCUGCAGGAGAGCCAGGAGGACAGAGACCUGGAGGCCAUCAUGCUGUCCCGGGGCCUGGGCCUGAACAACUGGGCCUGAACCUGAACAACUGGGCCCAAGCACAGACACGUCACUUCCCCUCUAAAGCUGCGAUCAGGGUCACGGUUGUGAGGUCACUUCCCCUCUGAUACAACGUUAUGACCAGGAUCAAGGCGGGACAAUAUCUGGAUGAUCAGUUUUUAGGAUUGAAGAUGUUUCCCCAAUCCCCACUGCUACACACAUCUUGCUAUACCCCUGACUGACUGACUGAUGGCCCUAUGCUCACUAUACUCACCCAGGCUGUUGUUAUGGCGAUAUGUGGCAUGUAUAAAUGAAUUGUAUUGUUAUUUAUUAACCAUUUAGAAAAAUGUAUAUUAUGUAAAAAAGAAACAGCACUGAUUUUUUAAAACCUUUUUUAAAUUGACAUGAAUAAUGUUUUACUUCACACAUUGGAUAAUAAAGACAUUCUGACAUCA